UCACACGAACGAUAUGAAUUACCAUUCAGUAGCGCUGAAACGUCGCUUGCGGUAAGAACACUAGGCGUAAUCACGCAAUUGAAAAUGGCAGACUUGAAAUGUAAACUGGAUGAAUAUGAUGGAACAGAUGAGCCUAUCCAUAAAAAACCACGAAAUAUGGCUAGCCAGAAUUCUGGCCCAAAAAAUACUUCUGGAGGGCAAAAAAACAGCGGAGCAGAGUCGAGCUGUACGGUCGCGAUUUUACCAAGGCCUAAAGCUGCAGCCAUAGCGAUAGCAGUGGCUCAGGCUACGGAGGCGGUACUAAGAGACGAAUCGGGGAUCUUGAAGCCUACUGAAGAUGCCACAGACCGGCAUCUGUCUACACCCGAAACGGAGGUCUCAGGUAUUAAGGAUGAUGUUUACACUGGAUCGUAUUCACCUGAUUUAAAUGAUAACGAUGACUGCUCCUCCCAUGCCAGCUCUAGUGACUGGACUCCCCAACCCCAAAUUGGUUCUUACCAUUUUAUCCAGCAGCACCUAAUGAGGGAGACUGACCCACGAACUAUUUUAAAGGAUCUUCUUCCAGAUACUGCCAUACCCCCUGAUCUUGAUGACAUGACACUAUGGCAGAUUAUUCUUAACAUCUCAGAGCCUCCUAAAAGAAAAAAACGCAAAGACAUUAACACCCUAGAGGAUGUUGUAAGACUGCUUAGUGACUGCAAAAAGAUACUUGUUCUAACUGGUGCUGGGGUGUCUGUUUCUUGUGGAAUACCUGACUUCAGGUCUAGAGAUGGGAUUUAUGCUCGACUUGCUGUUGAUUUUCCAGACCUCCCAGAUCCACAAGCAAUGUUUGAUAUAGAUUACUUCCGCAGGGAUCCAAGACCAUUUUUUAAAUUUGCCAAGGAGAUCUACCCUGGCCAGUUCCAACCAUCACUUUGUCACAGAUUUAUUGCAAUGCUGGAUAGAAAGGAGAAACUUUUAAGAAACUACACUCAGAACAUUGACACCCUGGAGCAGGUUGCUGGAGUACAACGGAUCAUUCAGUGUCACGGUUCCUUUGCAACUGCAUCCUGCCUUGUAUGUAAACACAAAGUUGAUUGUGAUUCCAUAAGAGAAGAUAUAUUUAAACAGGUUGUUCCUCACUGUCCAAGAUGCCCUGAUAAUCCUAUUGCUAUUAUGAAACCAGACAUUGUUUUCUUUGGAGAGAACCUUCCAGAAGUGUUUCAUAGGACUAUGAAGCAAGACAAGGAUGACGUGGACCUUCUUAUUAUUAUUGGAUCCUCUUUGAAAGUGCGACCAGUUGCUCUUAUUCCAAGCUCUGUUUCCCAUGAAGUCCCUCAAGUAUUGAUCAACCGUGAAACACUUCCUCACUUAAACUUUGAUGUAGAGUUGCUGGGAGACUGUGAUGUUAUUGUCAACGAACUGUGUCAUCUUUUGGGUGGUGAUUUUGAGCAGCUUUGCUGCAACUCUUCUCGACUUUGUGAGAUUACAGAGAAACCCCUUUGUCUGUCCUCUAACUUACAUACACCUGCAUAUGUUGAUGGCCAAACAUCUGAGAUUCAAGAUUCAGAAAAAGCUGUCACAGGACAUCGUGAAACAGUUAUAGAUGCCUCAGAAAAAGUGACAGUUGUAGACUCUAGUCCAAAUAAAAUGUUCCUGAAUGAUAGGGGAAUUAAGAUUUCACCAUCAUUAGAGGGACCGAGCUUCAUUGCAGCUUCAUCAAAACCUUUAACAGUUGGGCAGUCAAGUUCUUGUCAUGAGAGUAAAGUCUAUGAGAAUCCCCCAACUGAGGCAUCUGGAAGUAGCCCAUAUACACACUAUAAAAAGGAAGAAGAUCCAAAGCACAAAGGUGGAAGCACUGAAGCUCAGAAACAAUGCUGCUUUAGCCAAACCUGUCAAAAUUCAAUAAGUAAACGCCUUGAAGCUUUCCAAUACUUAUUUCAAUCCCCAAAUCGCUACAUUUUCCAUGGGGCAGAGGUGUACUCCAGCUCUGAAGAUGAGACAUCCAGCUCUUCUGACAGUGAUGUCUCCUGCUGCAUUGGUGACUGUCUGGUGGAAGAACAGAGUGAUGUAUAGGAUUGUGUGACAGAUGAGGAGGGUAGUGGUGCAGUGUCAGGAUGUGAAGAAAAAACCAGCUCUAGCCUUAAUACAGACAAUAUGAUGGACAUACGUCUUCAGACCUGUAUGAAAAAGUUACCUAUAAGUUUCCCUAUAAGCACUAUGUGCGUCAUAUGCUUUGUUCUAUUUUACACUAUUUUUGUACAUUUUUGUACUAUUCUAUCUUCUAGUCCAUAUAUAUAUAUAUAUAUGUGUA